CGAAGCCAGGCUGGUCGGCAGCGGGUGCAAUGUGAGCUCGGGUGAGGAGGCCGCCAGAGGAUAACGGUGAUGGAAGCACCAUGUUUAUCAAUAAAAGGUGGUGAGGAGCCACCAAAACUUCUGCGUAAACCACUGCCACCAAAAAUUCUACCUUCGCUCGAUGCAAAGAAACCAACGACUCUCAAGCAUAAAGAGCGUAUACCUAUUUUGCCAGCACCUACACCGUUUGGUAGCAGAACAAAUAGUGCAGAAGAACAUGUGCACUGGAACAAGUCUAGAGUCCAUCAAGAACACAGUUAUUCUCCCCUUUACCUGGCACAAGAUGAAGAACAAAGAAAUAGUGGACCUGCAGACUUUCCCUCUAAGAAGUCUCACUGGAAGUCACUAAAUCAUGUUCACCCUCACUCUAACGAUGAUCUUCGCUUCGAGCCUCCACCACCAGAAUUUACUUUAAAUGAUCUGAUUGCUAGAUCCUAUCACCAUUCUACAGAUCUAACGGACGUUUUACACAAAACCACCUUGUCUCGCCAACACUACAGCAACAUAGAACUGUUCAUUGCCAGUCUGCACAAUAGGAAGCAAAACAAGGUUCACAAUGUAGUGUUACCAGUAUCGAACUUACCACAGAAGUCAAAAAGAAUUCCAUGGCAACAGCAAAUUCUUGAACGACAGCAAGAAAUGUUAAGAAUGGGAGGAACGAAAAGUCUGGAAUAUACAGGAAAAGAAAAAGCAUCCCAUAAUAAUUCACAAACAAUGGAUUCAGAUUCAGAGCAUGAUAAUAAUAAAGUGCUCAUCACACAUUGCAACCUUGCUAUACUGGAGUGCAUAGUACAUGGAGGACAUGCCUUGAGCUUAAAGGCAUAUUUUAUAUCCAAACUCCCAGAUCUGACUCCACUGUACGGCACGUUAUUGUACCUUAACUUGUCUUUCAAUGAACUGCGAUGUUUCCCUACAGAGGUCUACAAUCUUGAAAAUUUGGAAGUGCUUAAGUUAAGAAACAAUCCAAUACAAGAGAUCCCUUCCGGCAUUCAGAACCUGAAAAAGCUCAGAACCUUCAUAAUAUCAUUUUGUUUAUUAUCGUCACUUCCUAUUGGGCUGUUUGUGCUGCCAUACAUACAGGUUUUGGAUGUUUCCUACAAUAGCAUUUCAUCAAUUCCUAAUGAUAUUUGCAACCUCAGGGUACUGGAGUUUCUUAACAUAGAAGGGAAUAAACUACCAGCUUUGCCCUGUGGUGCCCUGAAGCUUCAGCUGAAAUACCUGCGUGUUGGCAAUAAUGCUAUGCACCCCCUAUUCUGGAGAGAAAACACUCACAUUGAACCCCAGAGGUUAGCAGACUUGGCAGCCCUCACUUUCAGUAAAAACAGCACGGAGAAAUAUUCUGCGGUUAUACCAGAAGAAGUCAAGCAAACACUACAGAACUUUAAGGUAUGUGACUGCUGCAGAGGGCCUCUCUAUGGUCAAGGUCUUUGCUUUAUCAGACCUUGUGAAAAGAUCUUCGGAAUACGCAAGCUUCCUUUUAUGUUUCGCUCCUGCUCAGUAUCCGGUUAUGAAACCUUCAUGCACCAAACAGAGUCGCUUGAUCAGCAUUUGUAUGAAAGUUGAUAUUAUCUUGUCAAGUCUUAUUUAGCAUUCCAUUUUAUCGAAAGACAACGGGUGACCUUUUUCUUGCUCGUUAAAGGGAUAUGCGCAAUUUUCUCUCUUUUUUAAACCAGGA